UGUACAAAUACACUCUCUCGCUCAACUUCAGAAUACAGUUCGAUUCAUUCGUCUUCUAAGCUCCAGACCUCUAAUAUCAUAUACUAUUUUGAAAGAGGAUGGUUAAAUCAGUUACCUCAGAUGCGAUUUCGAUAUUGCUUGCAAAUCCCUCUCCAGAUUCUUCAUCGGAGCUUCCUGAGAUCGUCGUCCAAGUUCUGGAUCUCAAGCAAAGCGGUAAUAGAUUCAUGUUCACUGCUAACGAUGGGAAGAUGAAGUUAAGGGCAAUUCUUCCUUCUAAUCAGAAUUCCCAGGUCAUUUCGGGAAAUAUUCAGAGCCUGGGUCUUAUCCGGAUAGAUGAUUAUACUCUCAAUGAUAUCCCAAACAAGUCAGAGAAAUAUCUUAUUGUCACAAAAUGUGAAUCGGUCUCUCCUGCACUUGAAAUGGAAAUUAAAACAGAAGUCAAGAGCGAGUGCCCCGUUACGCUUUUGAAUCCAAAGCAAGAGGGUGAAAUCAAAAGCGAGGUGAAAAGCGAAGGUGCUGGCAUUAUUUUGAGACCAAAGCAAGAAACAGUGUCCAAAUCUGCCGCUCAGAUUGUUCACGAACAACAUACAAACAUUGCCCCUACUGCACGGAUGGCCAUGACACGCAGGGUGCGCCCUCUUGUUUCCUUAAAUCCUUAUCAGGGUAAUUGGACGAUAAAGGUUCGUGUAACAAGCAAAGGCAACAUGCGUUCCUACAAGAAUGCAAGAGGGGAAGGUUGUGUCUUCAACGUGGAAUUGACAGAUGAAGAUGGAACCCAAAUUCAAGCAACAAUGUUUAAUGAGGCUGCCAGGAAAUUUUAUGACAGAUUUGCGCUUGGGAAGGUUUAUUACAUUUCCAAGGGAACUUUAAAGGUUGCUAACAAACAGUUCAAAACCGUCCAAAAUGAUUAUGAGAUGACAUUGAAUGAGAACUCUGAGGUGGAAGAGGCCGCCAAUGAAGAAAGUUUUGUACCAGAAACAAAAUUUAACUUUGUCCUGAUUGAUCAGCUGGGUCCUUUUGUCAACAGGAGUGACCUUGUUGAUGUCAUAGGAAUUGUUCAAAAUGUGUCUUCCACCAUGAGCAUUCGAAGGAAGAGUAACAACGAGAGUAUUUCAAAGCGUGAUAUUACCAUUGCUGAUGAAACAAAGAAGACAGUGGUAGUGUCUUUGUGGAGUGAACUUGCAACUAAUAUAGGGCAAGAAUUACUGGAUACUGCUGAUAAAUCUCCAGUAGUUGCAAUCAAGUCCCUCAGGGUUGGGGAUUUUCAGGGCAUUUCCUUGUCAACUAUAAGCAAAAGUGUAGUUCUGAUAAAUCCUGAUAUACCUGAAGCAAACAAGCUUAGAUGCUGGUACGAGUCUGAAGGUAAAGAUGCUCCAAUGGCUUCCAUUGGCUCGGGCGCAUCUGCAACCAAAAAUGGAAUUAGAUCAGUGUACUCUGACCGUAUUUCACUAGCUCAAAUAACCUCGAAUAAAUCCUUGGGGGAGGAAAAGCCUGCCCUUUUCAGUGUCAGGGCACAUAUAAGCUCUAUUAGGCCUGAUCAGACAAUGUGGUAUAGGGCUUGUACAACAUGCAACAAGAAAGCCACUGAAGCCAUUGGGUCUGGUUAUUGGUGUGAAGGCUGCCAGAAAAAUGUAGAAAGCACUUUAAGGUAUAUUUUGGUUGCACGAGUUUCUGAUGCUAGUGGUGAAGCUUAUGUCUCAAUGUUCAAUAAUGAAGCUGAGGCAAUUGUUGGUUGUUCUGCUAAUGAGCUAGAUAGCCUAAAAUCACAGGAGGGAGAAGAUAAUCCAUAUCAAAUGAAAUUGAAACGAGCGACUUGGACCCCUCAUCUGUUCCGGGUUAGUGUUUCUCAGAACGAGUAUAUGAACGAGAAGAGGCAGAGGAUAACCGUCCGAGCAGUUGCUCCUGUUGAUUAUGCUGCAGAGUCAAGGAUUCUCCUGGAAGAGAUUUCAAAGAUGAGCGCUUCAUAAUAAAAUUGGUAGGCUUAUGUAGAGUUUAGGUCUUUCGGUUCACAGCUCUAGGUUCUGGAUUUUAGAUUUUUUGGGACCAAUAGCUCUAGGUUCUUGUUAUUGGCUCUAAUUAUUAAUGUAUAUAUAAAUUCGUAAUUUAACUUUCAUACUCUAUGCUGGCAGUCUUUUGUCUUUACUACAUCUCUGGAUGAGCAGAAUAUAUUGGAGCAGUCUUUUAAAAAGAGUGCAA